GGGAGGGGGCGACAAUAACAAUGGUGCUGUUUUUAGUUCCGAUUCUUUACAACUUGCUGUUAGGCACGGUACCAGUGACACCCACUAAUCGCCUCAGACCUCCCCCACCGCCCUCUUCUUCCUCCUCCUCCUCGUCGAGUCCACGCGUGGGAGCCAAGGACCAAAAUGGAGCGUGUGCCUUUAAGGCUUGUGACUGUGUUAGCCCGCACACACACACAUCCACUGUCCGAACCAAACCCGAACCACUCGAAAAGAAAAGACUUCUCAGCGCAUCCUGGUGUUCCUGUGCCGUGCAGGUGAGCCGUCAGGAUGAGGCCUGGUCAGCUGAUCCGUCCCGCCUCUGCCGCCGCCGCCACGCUCCUUGUCACCCUCCUCUCCACGCUGUCUCUCACCUCGGGCUGCAACAAAGCUCUGUGCGCCAGCGACGUCAGCAAGUGCCUGAUCCAGGAGCUGUGCCAGUGCCGCCCCACCGACGGCAACUGUUCGUGCUGCAAGGAGUGCAUGCUGUGCCUGGGCCAUCUGUGGGAGGAGUGCUGCGACUGCGUAGGAAUGUGCAACCCCAAGAACUACAGCGACUCUCCGGCCACGUCCAAGAGCACGGUGGAGGAGCUACACCGGCCCAUCCCGUCGCUCUUCCGCGCCCUCACUGAGGGCGACGCGCCCGUCAACAUGAUGGUGGUCUCCUUCCCCGUGGCCGAGGAGCUGUCCCACCACGAGAACCUGGUCUCCUUCCUGGAGUCGCUGGACGGCCCGCACCGCAACGUCUCGGUGCCCGCCAACAGCAUCCACGCCAGCUAUGACGCGCAAGAGAACAUGUGCACGGUGGUGUACUUUGACGACUGCGUGUCCAUCCGCCAGUGCAAGCUGUACUGCGAGUCCAUGGGCGGAUCUAAGUACCGCUGGUUCCACAACGCCUGUUGCCAGUGCAUCGGGCCCGAGUGCGUCGACUACGGCAGCAAAGCCGUCAAGUGCAUGAACUGCCUCUUCUGAGCCUGCCCCGCCUGCUCCACGGGACUACAACCCCCCUUUCACACUGCCGUUUUCUGCCUUUUCAGUGUCGCUCGUUUAUGUUCAUGGCACCGGCGGCCAAAAUUGGUCGGACCGAGCUAAGCCAACCGACUCUAAGCAAUCCUGUUUCGACACCCGCGUCGCUUCUCCCCUCUGUUAUGAUGAAAACGAUCCUAAACAAGCCUAAAAUCCUCCGUCUCCGUCCUUUAAUAAAGGCCGGGGGGGGGGGGGGGUCAUUUUCAAAGUUUAGUCCGCAACCGUUACUUCUCACAGCGCGGAUGUAAAAAAACUGGAUAUUUUGGUACCACCCCGAUGCAGGAAUCUAUGAAAGACAAAUGUAGAUCAAUUCCGCUGCUUGUAUGGCUCCAAUCGGCGAAUCUGGCAGGGUCUGUGCACCAAAGACAAUGCAACACUCCUGUGUUUUUUCCCACGUAAAAGGCAACGUUGGUUGACUUGCAUUGGUUUCUGUCAACCGCUUGGUAAUCCCGCCAUUGCCAUCAGUCCCUGCAAAUGUUUUAGUCUGCUGUUGUCUGCCACUGUAUAGUUUUCUAUUCGUGUUUAUUUUGACUCAAGCUGUAUUUGAUACUAUAUGAUGUCUAAUGUAUUUUUACAUGCUCCAAUCCUUCCAUUUCUCCCACCAAAAUAAAACCUUUUGGUGACGUGGACUUCAA